AAUGAGGCUUCCGUAGUUUGAAAGACCACAAACAUGGCGUCGACCUGGUGCCGUUCAAUUUGCUCAGCAUGUUAGAUAAUAUAGUGUCAAAAUAUACAGCUACGUGUCGUGUUUGAAAUGUCAGUAUUUCAUAGAAUUACUGAAAAGUAAUUGUUUUAUUAAAUCAUGGCUGUUCAGUGCUUAUUGUUCGGUCUGAGGUCCUGUCGAACAUUUAUUUCAGCUUAUCGACUGACAGGUAUUCAGUCUUCGAGAGCGUUCGUGUCUACAGCGACCCAUUCCGUUAAAGUCAAUGAUAUAACAAGCAUCUUGAAUCCACUACGUUGCGUGCGCGUUAAUUCAGUCAGGAAUGCCUUUACGUCUACUGCCGUCGCAAAGGACGUGAUUCUCUUCAAACACGACCGGACGCGUUUCUUCAGACUUUUAGCCAUAUUUUGUGGCGGCCAAUUUCUAUUCUGGGCAUAUCUGGCUCACUUUGCUUUCACAAGUCUUCGAGACACAAGACAAAAUAGUGGUGAACCUCAAAAGGUCAGAACUGAGUUAGGAGGGCUCUUCAGUUUUGAUAUGAACCUAGGUUCAAAUGCCUGGAGGUAUGGAUUCACUCUUGGGUGCCUAAUUAUUGGCGGAGGAAUUGUUGGCGUGGCUACAUUGUUCAGCCGUCGUUCUGUGAGUCGUGUAAUUCUUCAUAAGGGAGGUGGAAAAGUCACAGUAUCUACACAGUCACCGCUGGGACCUCUCAGAGCUCACCAUCUAACUGUGCCUUUGACUCAAGUGACCUGUCAUGCGCACAGACAGGAAUCACCUUCAUUUAUCCCUCUUAAAAUCAAAGGGUAUAAGUUCUACUUCCUUUUGGACAAAGAAGGGACACUAAACAAUCCUAAAUUAUUUGACAUUACUGUUGGGGCCUACAGACCCUUAUAAUUUGUCAUUCAUACCCUUGGGAGUCUGCGCUCUUCUGUUGAUGUAUCAUACAUCUGCUGUUCAUUUUGGUUUAUGUUGCCUUGGGGGGAAAACAUGCACUGAAUUUACGAGAGAAAUAAAACGUGAAACUUUUCUGUUCAUAAUAAAACUUUUUACCUGGGAUUUGUGCUGACAAGCUC